CCCCUCAGCCUUUCCCUAACAGCCUGUAGGAGCCUCUGCCUACUGCUGCUGUGCAAGACCGAGGGCCACCCCCAGCACACCCAAGAGAUCAUGAAGAGCCUGCUCCUUCUCACCAUUGUGGCUACCUUAGCGGUGGUAACUUUAUGUUAUGAAUCCCAUGAAAGCAUGGAAUCAUAUGAAAUUAAUCCCUUCAUUAACAGGAGGAAUGCCAACACUUUUAUGUCCCCGCAGCAGAGAUGGAGAGCGAAAGCCCAAGAGAGGGUCCGAGAGCGCAGCAAGCCUGCCUAUGAGAUCAAUCGGGAAGCCUGUGAUGACUUCAAACUAUGCGAACGCUAUGCCCUGAUGUAUGGAUACAAUGCCGCCUACAACCGCUACUUUAGGCAGCGUCGAGGGACCAAAUGAAAUGGGAAAAAAAAUAUCUUUUCUUCUGGAGUCUGAAGCCUGGUUUUAUAUCCCCCUGCAAUAGCAUUACAGAAAUACAUAGACACAUAUAUGAUGCUUGUUUUCUACAUAACCUCUUACCUGGCUGCACCCCUCCUUCCUGCACCCAGAGUUAUAAGUAACAAAAGUGCAGUGUGUUAAGAUGAGUGGUUUCACACAAUAAACUUCUGGUUUGAGAACUUUCAUUUUAUGAAUCUGAUUUCUUCUGGGAAAAUGCUGAGAUUGUUGAACCAUGGCCCACCUGACCCAGAAUAGGAGAUUCUAUUAAUCUUGUCUCUGGUGUUGAUUAGAAGCCUAACUAUGUAGAAAAAAUAAAAUCUAGAAGGCACUGACCCAACCACAAUUCACCAGAUCCUCUCUACGUUGGGAUUAGUGAAUGGAUUUUUUCCUAUUUUGUGUUUUUCUGUUUAUGUGACAUCAGAUAAACAAGGGUAGAGAUGUCCACACCAAGGACAAAGCUAGGGAAACAGUUUGUAAAUUCCUGAAAUUUGGGAUCACUCCAUUUGUUGUUUAUCUCUUAUACAUCAAGGUUAAAAAAAAAAAAGUGCCCUCUGGAUCAGUAAUCCAGAAAGAGGUAAAAAGGAAGAAAGACGAUAAUAAAAA